AUGAAUGGCGCCUCCCCCUCCUUCCUCUCCGUUCCCCAUCCCCACCACCACCGCCACCACCACUCCCCUCCUUACCCUAACCCUACUACUACCGCCUCGCGCGCCCGGCCUCCUUCUGUCCCCGCCUACCUCCCCAGAUUCCUCGGCCGCCCCCUUGUCUUCUCGCGCCGGGGAACACUAGCGUGCGAGUCUCAGCAAGAGAUAGAGCGCUUAUCGAAAUUCGCCCUCAAAUACCUCCUGAUUGUCAACAAGGAGCCAAAUGCUCAAGAAAAAUUCAUGCGAAUCAAGCACGCAUAUAAUACUCUAACAAAUUCGGGAUCACGAUCCAAGUUCGCAAAUAAUGGCGCGGAUUUUUCAAGAAACGCUGAAAAGAACAAAUCAAGUGUGCUGGAGGAGGAAUUCUACGGACUUGGUAAUUUUUUGAGGGAUAUUCAGAUAUCAAUAGCGGACUUCUUUCGAGAUCUACAAGCAGAAUUUCAGAACUGGGAAGCGGACAUAAAUUCACAAGAGAAACCCAAAAGCCUGUGGGAAGAGUUGGCUGCCAAUGGGGUAGAUAAAGUGUGGGAU